CAACCAAAAGAACAAGAGCACACGUCUAAAUUGACUGGGUUCGAGCAAGAUCCGAUUUUUCGCCAGUCAAACUGAGUUUGAGCAAUUUCUCAGUCCCCGCCAAGGUUCCCGACCGAUGACCAGGAACUUGUCCGAGCUUCACCAGAUGAUUUGCGCCACGCUACAAUGACACGGCCUUAAGCGGUCGGUCAUCAGCACUCCGCCGGCGUUCCAUGAAUUUCGCCAAAGUUCGCAACUUUACGACGCUCGUCAAGCCAGGUCUGCAUUGCCGUCCCUCUUUUGCUCCCACCAUUACCCUCUCUAUCCUAGAAACCCACUUGGGACGAUGCCACAGCCUCAAGCAAUUCAACCAAAUCCUGUCUCAGAUGAUCCUCACCGGGUACAUCGGAGACGCUUACGCAGCGAGCAGGCUCCUCAAGUUCUCCACCGACUCUAGCUUCGUCCACGUUACUUACUCCUUUCGUCUCUUUAGUCAUGUUGAGAACCCAAAUGGGUUCUCGUGGACCACGAUGAUGAGGGCGUUUGUGCAGAACGAUAGCCCUCAAAGUGCCGUUUUCCUUUACAAGUUGAUGUUGAAUCAGAAUGUGGGUCCUGAUAAUUACACGUAUCCCAUUUUAGUUCAGGCUUGUAGUUUGCGGUUCUCGGAAUUGGAGGGGAAACAAGUGCAUGAUCAUGUUCUGAAACUGGGUUUUGAUUCGGAUGUUUAUGUCCAGAACACGUUGAUCAACCUGUACUCGGUGCAUGGGAAGAUGAAAGAUGCACGGAAGCUGUUUGAUGAAAGUAUCGUUCUGGACACCGUCUCAUGGAAUUCGAUUCUGGCGGGUUAUGUUCAGGUGGGGAAUGUAGAUGAAGCAAAACUGAUUUUUGAUCAGAUGCCUAAAAGAAGUGUGAUUGCUUCAAAUUCGAUGAUUGCUUUAUUUGGAAAGACAGGACGUGUGGUGGAUGCGUAUGAGCUAUUCAAUCAAAUGGAGGAGAAGGAUAUGGUGUCAUGGAGUGCAUUAAUUUCUUGUUAUGAACAAAAUGGGAUGUAUGACGAGGCUUUGGUUAUGUUUAAAGAAAUGGCUGGUAGAGGUGUUAGAGUGGACGAGGUUGUUGUAAUUAGCGUUCUUUCAGUGUGUGCACAUUUGUCUGCUGGCGAGAUGGGGAAAUUAAUCCAUGGACUGUCGGUGAAACUAGGGAUUGAAUCUUAUGUUAACCUUCAAAAUGCAUUGAUUCACAUGUAUUCAAUAUGUGAUGAGAUACUGGUCGCAGAAACGCUAUUCAGAACUGGACACCCUCAUCUGGACUUAAUAUCCUGGAACUCCAUGAUAUCAGGGUAUUUGAGAAAUGGAUUGAUCGAAAAUGCAAAGGCAUUAUUUGAUUCGAUGCCACAGAAGGACAUAGUAUCUUGGAGCGCAAUGAUAUCUGGAUAUGCUCAACAUGACCAUUUCUCAGAUACUUUGGAGCUGUUUCAAAAGAUGCAGCUUACAGGAAUGCAGCCCGAUGAAACCAUUUUGGUAAGCGUCAUCUCAGCUUGUACUCACUUGGCUGCCCUUGAUCAAGGAAAAUGGGUUCAUGCGUACAUUAGGAAGAAUUGCCUCAAGGUUAAUGUUAUUCUAGGAACGACCUUGAUAGACAUGUACAUGAAGUGUGGUUGCGUUGAAAAUGCAUUGGAUGUUUUCCAAUUAAUGGAGGACAAAGGUGUCUCCACGUGGAACGCUAUGAUUCUUGGGUUUGCCAUGAAUGGCUUGGUAGGGAGGUCACUAAGCACCUUUCUAGAGAUGAAGAAUUGUGGUAUAACACCUAAUGACAUAACCUUUAUUGGAGUUCUUGGAGCGUGUAGACAUAUGGGCUUAGUAGACGAGGGAUGCUUUCACUUUGAUUCCAUGGUACAAGAAUACAAGAUAGAACCUAAUGUCAAGCAUUAUGGGUGCAUGGUGGACCUUUUGGGACGUGCUGGUAAGCUUAAAGAAGCAGAGGAGCUUAUUGAGAGCAUGCCUAUGGCACCAGAUGUUUCUACUUGGGGAGCCCUCCUCGGAGCCUGUAGAAAGCAUGGUGACAUAGAAAGGGGGGAGAGGGUAGGAAGAAAGCUUGUUGAGCUUCAGCCAGACCAUGAUGGUUUCCAUGUGUUAUUAUCAAACCUGUAUGCUUCCCAAGGGAAUUGGCAGAAUGUGCUUGAGAUUAGAGGAAUUAUGGAGCAGCAUGGAGUGAUGAAAACACCAGGUUGUAGCAUGAUCGAAGCAAAUGGAGUGAUUCAUGAAUUCCUGGCUGGUGAUAAGACGCAUCCUCAACUAGAAGACAUUGAGAACAAGUUAGAUGAAAUGACUAAGAAGUUAAAGAGCGAAGGUUAUGUGCCAGACAUGAAUGAGGUUUCUCUUGAAAUCGACGAGGAGGAAAAGGAAACGACUUUGUUGAGACACAGUGAGAAGCUUGCUCUUGCAUUUGGGCUUCUCAAUAUCCCUCCAGCAAUGCCAAUUAGAAUAAUAAAGAACUUACGAAUAUGUAAUGACUGUCACACAGUUGCUAAGUUCACCUCUAAAGCUUACAACCGUGACAUUAUCGUGAGAGAUAGACAUCGAUUCCACCAUUUCAAGCAAGGAAAUUGUUCUUGCAUGGACUUUUGGUAGCAAAUAAUCUGAAACCAGAGUUUCCUUGCUGGAGAGAUCCUCACGUUUGAACUUUUGAUCCUUUAAGCUCUUGAGGAGCACCUCCUUCUGCUGAAUGCCCCAGCAUGCCCAGAAACGCAAAAUCCAGUGUGGAUGAAGGAAAGGCCUAUGAUUAUUUGAGGAAUGGGAGGACAGAUUGGUAUCUGGGCAUGACAUUUAUUUCUCAUUUAUUCCUUGCUGGAGCUUCAAAAGAUUUAGGACUUCUGAAGAAAGUUAAAUUUUCUGAAAUCAGCUUUGGGCAACGAUGUUGCUUUCCAAGUAUGAGAUCAGUCUUCCAAGUAAAAGUUUCUGAAAUCAGAUUCAAAUCAACAAAUUGCUGCAUCGGUUGUCCACACAACCUUGAAUUGGAUGCAGUUUCAUGAAUGCUGCCUGAGCAAGUGAUGGAACAUCUUCUGUAAAUGGUAUUUGACUUUUUCCCUUGGUUACAAAAUCUCUUUUAUAUCAUGUUGAGAAUUGCUAGUAAAAAUAGAUUUGACUAUACUAACGGUGGAAAGUUGUGGAAAAGAGACAAUACUUCAUUUUGCUGGCAGGAGCAAUCCUCAGAGCAGAUUCCUGUGUCCUAUUUAGCUGAUUGGAUUUUAUGCCUACAUGUUGCUGAAGACAAGGACUUGUUAUUAGUCUUAAGUGAAAGUUGCAUAGGAUGCCUGUGCAGUGCAUGUUUGAAGGGCUGGUAUAUGUCGCAGGGAUGAAGAAGCUCUUUCUUCUGAUGAGUGGGCCACAAUCUCUGCAGAGAAGAAGUCUGAGACUAUUUGCCUGAGGACAUACACAACUAGAAAUUGUUAUGAUCUUUAAUUUUUCUUUGAGGCUGUUAAGUUUUAGUCCUUCUGGUUGUGCAUAUAGCUGAAAUCAUUCUAUUUGUCGUCUAAACGCAGAAGAGAUAAUGUUUUCUUAUGAGAGUCUGCAGGAAGUGGUUCUUGAUUUUUGCCAUAAAUUUAAUCUUAUUCUUAUAAUUCCAUAAA